AUGGAGAUGAUCUAUCCGCACAAUUUUACAAAGGACCGGGGAGAGGCUUUGAUCCGUGGCAUCCGAGAGAUUCACAGAGCGUUGGUUCUGCAUUGCGACACCAAACCGAGGAACAUGAUGAUUGUCAGGAAUGACCCGGAAAGAGUGGUCUGCUUUACCGAGAGGCAACGAGGAUAUAUUGAGGAUGAAGAGCUAAUGGUGUCUCAACUCGCAGAUUCACUAGAAGCUGAUCAUGCACAAGGCGAGAUUGCUGAGACUUAUCUCUACUACUGCACCUAG